AUGACCCAGGAUUUCCAACCUCGCGGUGGUCUCUUUUUUGCAGGUUCAGAUGAUGAGGGCGACGCCGUAAAUUCGACAAUGUCUCAGAUUGGCGUACCAGUGCAGCCAGCAUCUCACCAACUAGCUCCCCCAUCAGGUCCACCUUACUCCCAACACGGGAAGCGCCUGUUCUUUGCCGACAGCGACGAUGAAGAUAUUCCACGAUUCGAAACACCAAGGCCAAUUGCGAUCAAUUCGUCAUUAGUUAUGAAUGGUGAUGACAGUGAAAGCGACCUGGAGAUACCCUCCUCUGAAGACCUUCCUCGAGCUUCCAGCGUCAGUACUAUGUCCUCAGAGCCCUCUCUCAGAACUUCUUCGCCGGUGCCAGGUCCUUCUGGUGAAGAACCACCAGUCAAGAAGAGGCGACUCUCGCCGCCAUCCAAGGUCCAGACACGUACAGGGCAAGCAUCAUUUGAUCAUCCUGCAUAUCUUGGAUCAUUUCUUGUCGGGAAUGCCUGGAGUACUGUCAGAGGCAAAGGUUAUAUCAAACCAGGCGACAUCAUUCGCAUCGAACGAGAUAAUCCUGAUGAUUUUAAAUCUGGCCUACCAGUCUCAGGGAAAGGAAAGAAGAAAGCCCUUCCAGAAAAGGGUAAAAAGAAGCAACUCACCCUCGGUGCUAUGCUGAAAUCGCAGCCGCCCAAAACGACGAAGAAAGCUGACACGGUAGUUCGCCUUACGAACGACCGUGGUUUCGAGUUUGGCCGUCUUCCGCAGCAUGUCUCAUCUUGGGUUUCGAGACUUCUUGACUUCGGGAUUGUCGACUUCAAAGGCAGUACAGUGGUGGACUGCCCAGCCAUUCUGCAUUCUGGUGCGGACUUGAUAGUCUCGUUAUCUGUAUAUAUCCGUGCAUCUGCAUUCAAGCCACCAAGUACUUCAGCGGAGGGGCCGACAACGAUGUUCAAUCAGGGACAAGAAACCCAAGAUGAACAAACUCUCAGAGAACGUAAAUCUGCGCUGCUCUCUCUCUUCGAAGCUGUUAGCCUCCGCCCUUGUAGGGGAGCCCACGUCCAAGAUAAUGGCAACGCGGAAAAUGAAACUGAUGGUAUGAACAAGAAUCUGACGCAACAUCCUGGAGGUGCCAAGAAGAAGAAAAUUGAAAUUGUCGGUGACGACGAGGAGAUCGAAGUAGAAGAAGGCGAGGAGCUAUCUGACAACGAGUUGGAUGUAAUCUACAAGAAAGCCCAGAAGAAUGAUCAAUCGAUGGCUGAGAUGGAUCCUCCUGACACGUUUACAUUAACACUAAGGGGGUACCAGAAACAAGCGCUUAUGUGGAUGCAUUCAAAAGAAUCAGGGGAAGUAUCCGCUAGAGAAGCUGUGUCUAUGCACCCUCUGUGGAGCGAGUAUGUUUUCCCGGCCGAACCCCAGGAGGGUAUAAUAGACCUGACUGAAGACGAGAAACCAUUCUACUUCAAUCCUUACUCUGGAGAACUCAGUCUUGACUUUCCUAAAGCCGAACGCAAACUCAAAGGAGGGAUCCUCGCUGAUGGUAAAAGAGUGCGUCCCCGCGACUUUUGUACAGUAGUCGGAGCUGAUUCAUCUACCUCAGUGGGAAUGGGGAAAACCAUUAUGUUAUCUGCUCUCAUUCACAUGAAUCGAGAGCCGGAACCCAUCCUUCCCGACGAUACCUCUAGGGAUCUUGCACGCACUCGUCAGCUGAAACUUGACAACGCCUUCCGGUCAAGAGCUUCCGGACAAAGGAAGAAGCCUACUAAAGGCCCUUCUGCAACAUUAAUCGUUGCUCCUACCUCACUGCUCUCCCAGUGGCAUGAUGAACUCCAGCGAUCAAGUGCACCAGGGACCCUUAAAGUCACUGUCUGGCAUGGACAGAACAGGUUAGACUUGGACGGUAUAGAAGAUGAUUCAAAGGAUGAUGCGUCUAUCACUGUGAUCAUUACAUCCUACGGCGUACUUGCCUCCGAACACUCCAAGCUCCUCAAGUCCGGCGGCCAAUCUUCUAUUUUUCAAGUGGAGUGGCUACGAGUGAUCUUGGACGAAGCUCAUCACUGUAAGUCCAGGACAAGCAAGACCGCACGAGCUGUGUAUGCUGUUCGUGCUAGACGUAGAUGGGCUGUGACAGGAACUCCCAUUGUCAAUAAACUUGAGGACCUUCAUUCGCUCCUACAAUUCUUGGAGUAUACCCCGUGGUCAUCGUAUUCAUUCUUUCGUUCUUUCAUUACUGUGCCAUUCCUUGCCCGCGAUCCCAAAGCAAUAGAGAUAGUGCAAGUGAUCCUCGAGAGCGUCCUUCUCCGACGCGAAAAGAACAUGCGUGAUAACUCUGGAAAACGCAUUGUCGAGUUACCUGCGAAGGAGAUCACUGUUGAUACACUGCACUUCACGCCUGCAGAGCAAAAGAUAUACGACUCUAUUUACAAUGCGGCAAAGCAGAACUUCGAUCAGCUCAAUGCGAAGGGGCUCGUGGGCAAAAACUACACCCACAUUCUUGCCAUGCUUAUGAGAUUGCGUCGGGCAGUGCUUCAUCCAGAUCUCGUCGCUGAUACUAGCGAUGGGACAGAGACUAAACCCUCUGGACACUCCAAAGAUGGAGCGAUCGACGUGGACACGCUUAUGAAUGACAUCUCAGAGCAUGAUGUGUCGAGUAGCUCGAAAGCGGCUUAUGCUGAGAACGUUCUAGCUAACCUUGACACGUCCAGUGAUUCGGAAUGCCCAAUAUGCCUCGAUGUAAUGCAGAUACCGUCCAUCAUUCCUCCCUGUAUGCAUCAAUGCUGUAAAGAAUGCAUUAUAUCAUAUCUUGGGACGUGCACGGACAAGGGAGAGGUGCCACGAUGCCCGACGUGCUCGCAAGGACCAGUCAAGGAGCAAGACCUCAUUGAGGUUUUCCGAUCGUCUGGUCAAGAUAGCCCACAUCAGGAGUCUACAGGGGACGAAAAAGAAGGGACGUCGACAUCAGAAGUCUUCCUGCGCCGAAAUGAUUUUAGAUCGUCUACGAAACUGGAUGCGUUGGUACAAAACCUCAGACGACUUCGAGAUCAAGACCCAUACUUCCGUGCUGUCGUCUUCUCGCAGUUCACGUCCUUCCUUUCCCUUAUCUCUGUGGCUCUGGACCGUGAACGCCUGUCAUGGUAUCGUUUUGAUGGAUCGAUGGACCUCAAGAAGCGCAAUGCUGCCAUAUCAGAAUUCAAGCAGAACGAGCGGAAGCCCAAAGUCCUUAUUGUCAGUUUGAAAGCAGGCGGUGUCGGUCUGAAUCUGACGAGCGCCAACCACGUCUUCAUGAUGGACUGCUGGUGGAACGCGGCUACAGAAAAUCAAGCCAUUGAUCGCGUGCACCGAAUAGGCCAAGAAAAAACGGUAUAUGUCAAACACUUCAUAGUUGAUCACACCAUCGAAGGUCGCAUACUCCAGAUCCAAAAACGCAAGACCGCCAUCGUCAAAGAGGCGUUCCGGGGAAGCGAUAAAUCGGGUAAAGCGGACCCAGAGAGUCUCCAGAACCUGAAGGUUAUAUUCGGUGAUGAUUAA